CGGUUUACGAUGCGGUUUGGUCUAAAUAUUUUUUUGAAAUCGCAAACCGCGGUUUGGUCAUUUUAAAAAAACCGCACUGCAAUUUUCAAAUCGCAAAAUUGCGGUUUGGUUUGUGGUUUGCUGCGGUCUAAACCGCCCUCUGUACAGCCCUAACAGAGGGUGUAAAAGAAAAUAAAAAGACAUACUAUAUUCCAUUCUCUCAUAAUAAAAAAAAAAAAAGAAAAAAUUGACUACAAUAACACCACCUAUUGACGAGGUGCAUAAAAUAGCACUACAUAUACCCUAUAAACUCGACUGACCGAACUCCACCUGAUACUUGACCCAAGCCAGACCCAAAAGCCAAAUUGACCCGACUUGACCCAUACCCAACCCAAAUAUUAGCUAAUCUAAAAUGACUCGACCCGAAAUUGUCCCAAUCCAAAUCCGACCCAAAUGACCCAUUUCACUGGUCUACUCUACUUGCUUCCACUCUCAUAAAAUUAUAAAAAAAAUAAAAAAAUUAUAGUUGGGUGGAUGACAAAAAGCUUGUAAAGUGCCACUUUUCCAUUCUCCCACUCACUCUCCUCCUUACAUUAUUAUGCUCCGGUCAUUACCCCGCCCUCCAAUCUUUUCCCGUGCACUAAUGUCGCGCUCCGCCGUAACUCCCGCCGGCACCACCGUCGUCGCCGCCACCGGAAACUCAAAAGCCAGGUUAAGAGGCGUGGUGUUUGACAUGGACGGCACUCUAACUGUCCCAGUCAUAGAUUUUCCGGCAAUGUACAAAGCUGUUUUGGGUGAAGAACAGUACAAUUCAAUGAAAUCACAAAAUCCUUCUGGAAUUGAUAUUUUGCAUCAUAUUCAGACUUGGAAUCCUGUUCAACAGCAGAAAGCUUAUGAAAUUAUUGCCGAUUUCGAGCGCCAAGGUCUUGAUCGUCUCCAGAUUAUGCCCGGUGCGGCACAACUUUGUGGUUUCCUUGACUCAAAGAAAUUAAGGAGAGGACUAAUUACUCGGAAUGUCAAGCCUUCAGUUGACAUAUUUCAUCAAAGGUUCGGGAUGACAUUUUCUCCUGCAGUGAGCAGGGAAUUCCUCCCCUGCAAACCUGAUCCAGCUCCCCUAUUACAUAUAUGUUCGAACUGGGAAGUUCAACCAAACGAAGUGAUUAUGAUUGGUGAUAGCCUCAAAGAUGAUGUAGCUUGUGGGAAAAGAGCAGGAGCAUACACAUGCUUGCUUGAUGAAACUGGGAGGUAUGACUCUCCUGAGUUUGCUUCAGUUGACCACAAACCAGAUUUUAAGGUUUCUUCUCUCACAGAAGUUCAGUCAUUGCUGGAAACACAUUUUGACUUGAGACCAUAAUGGACUUGAGCCCUAUGUCGAGUAUUUUAACAGCUAAAUUGCUUAAGCUUUGUGCUUCCGGCAACAAAAAAAUUAUUUAAGCUGUUUGAAGGUUCUCACAUGAGCAUCUUCAAUAUUUUAGGCAAGUAAAAGAAAAGGAUACGAAGUGAUUUGUGAUAGAAAUUGAAGAAUAUUGUCGCAUUCAAACUUGGCGUUUCUUCAUAGAAUAUGAUACUCCAUACUAAGAACAUAAUCUCUGUCUUGUCUAAAUUGCUAAAUAUGUGUGCUUUCAUAUUCGGGCGAAAAAUUGAGAAAUUUCCUAAUAUUGUACUUUUUGUGACAUUAGAUUUGCUGCUGCAGAACAUUCCUCCUGGAUUCUUAGUUAUAUUGGCAGCUUAAUUUGUGUAUAUCAUAGUGAUGACAUUCAGAAUGACAAAGGAGCUCAAACAUGAAAACAUUCAUUUGGUUUUUCUA